CGAACGCAUGAGAAUCAACGGMAAGAUUGAACAUGAAGAAUCUUAACGAAUCAAUCAUUGCGCAUCACUGAAYCUGCACUCAGCUGCCGUUCAACAAUCAAGAAGUCGGCACUGUGUUGAAGGAGUACGAGUAGACCUCGUUCUCCUACUCACUACUUGGGUACUCAUACCCCAUGAGCCGAACUCAGUGGUGAUUCAUUGAGGAACGUUAACUCCGCAUCAAAGAGGACUGAAUACGAGUAGUCGAAUCUCCAUUGAUGAGUUCGUUUAGGCAAUCAGAAGCAAUGACGCCCAUAGUUCUAACAAAGCAACAAAAYCCUCCUAUGACAGGCUUUCCGAUAGGAACUUUGAUAACGGAACAAACCGAAAUGCAGAACCAACAGGAACAGCAACAUGCUGAUAGAUCAGAGCUUGCCGGACAGGGCCUUGUGCCGCGUGGGCUUGUUUCCCAUGUGCCUGUGUCGAUCAUCAGUUCUGUUGACUCUCGUGCGUCUUCUUCUAGCAGUCUGUCCUCGUUGUCAUCCAAAGAAGGAUCAGAGAACGGGGAUACUUUAUCUAGUAAYUCUCGACUUGCCGAAAUCAACGGAUGGAAGAGCUCAAACAUGGAGAUUACUCCACCUGCACAAGAUUCAACGGCAAGUGCUGAGUUUCGUAAGAUAGAAUCCACUAAGAAGCGGCCUUUCAAGAAAGCACUCAUCGAUGCUGCCAAUAUGCRUUCACAUGGUGCCUUCUCUCAUUCGGAACCGCAAACAUUGCUCAGUACGAGUCCCAAGAAAAAAGUCCGGAAGUUAUCGAACGAUUCAUCCACACAAGCAACCGCACGAGUCAUCUCGCCACCCCUGCAGCAGCAAAAUCAGCAACAGAAACCUAUGCAGUCCCAUCUGAUGCUUUUGGCGCGAGAAGAAGACGAAGCUCACCUUAGCCCACUUCAUGUAUUUGUUCGGAAACAAAUCGAGGUAUUCACUGCAACAACCACGGAGCUCACCGAACCAGCUCCGGGACGGAAGCAACCCAUAAGGCUCCACCAAGUUGGGCUUCGAUGCAUCCAUUGUCGCCAUCUUACGACCAAUACACCCCAAAAAUCGAGAGUGAAGCGCGCCGUAUGUUAUCCCAGUUCCGUGGGAAGAAUAUAUCACUCUGUCAGUGACAUGAAAUUUGAUCACUUCAGCCUUUGCAAGGAACUUCCUCCCGAUGUACGCAACACCUUUGAAAGCCUCAAAGCCGAAUCAAAGCGCAGCAAUGGCAAGAACGCGAAUGGCAGCAAGAAGGAAAAGAAAACAAAGACGAGCAAGAAGGGGCAGACUUUCUCUUCCACCGCACAAUACUAUAGGACAUCAGCUUCUCAAAUGGGGUUAAUGGAUAGUCCAAGGGGGAUCAUUUAUGUGCCUCUGAAACACAAUAGCUCCUCYGAACGCUCAACAAACAGCCCCAAUCUGGUUUCCGCAGCGAUGUCCAUGCAAAAUCUCGUGCCACAACAACCUCUUCAAGCACUGUCCACCAAKAACACUUUUCACAACCAUCUGAACCAGCCACAGAAUCCAUCGCUUCUUGCUUCUCAGGGUAUAUGCUCGACGAAUUUUCUGCCACCAGAUAUUUCCCACUUAGUGKKAGCGAAGGACCAUAGCAGCAGUAUUGUCACAGAGAUGGACCAUAAAAAUCUCACRGUUGCUAUGAACUCUAGCGUUCUGCAAUCGCUAUUGAUGAAUGCAAUUCUUGCAGGUGCCAACGCACAGAAGUCGAUCGAUGCUGCUUCCAAGGCCCUUGGUGGGGGCGGUUACAACCAACAAGCCAAUACCACGUCUCCGUUGCUGCCCUCGGCCACCACUCCCGAGACCUCCACUGCGGCGCGACAGCUCGUACUUCCACUGGCUUCCCCCGAGGACGCCGGGGUUCUCAAUCCGCUCCACUGCUUUGUCCGAAAACACGUGGAGCUUUUUGAAGCCGACGCGGAGGCUYUGUCCGCACCCGCACCCGGUCGCAAAGUCCGUGUCACCCUCGGCCAGGUCGGCAUCCGGUGCGUGCACUGCGCCAAGAAAAAUGCACCCGCAAAGGAACGCAUCAAGCGCGCCGUUUGUUAUCCCCCGAGCAUCGAUGGCAUCUACCACUCGGUUUCCAACAUGAAGUUCGAUCACUUUGGGAUCUGUCCCAACCUUCCUGCCGAAGCCAAGGCGGAGCUCGCCGCUCUUAGGACACCUGCCAGCGGCAGGCGCCAGGCAAGCAAGAGCACYAAAGGCAGCGGCAAACGAAGCUCGGGAUCGAGUAACACCAACACGGGACACUAUUAUCGCGAUUCGGCGAUUGCCAAGGGSCUGGUGAACACGGAAAAGGGUAUUCGGUUCGGGGAUGUAGACAAAACACCUUCACGGAACAGCACUGAUGCAGCUUCUGCUCCGGCGACAACGACAACAACCACUUCCGUAUCUGACGAUUCUACAACCGCCGUGACCGGGUUGCCCAAUAGAUCUGCCUCGCCGUCCUACCCGACCGGAAUGUCGGUACUGAUGAUGGCCGCCGCAUCKCAUGCUACCCGGGUUUGAAUUGCUUUYAGAAUAUUCAUCGWGGGUACACSAUUAGCUUUCGCGACGAAAGCUGUGUUCAUUAAUCAAUGUUGUAACAUUAA